AUGGGAGCUACAGGAGUACUUGCUACACACUGUGUUAUCUUGUGCUUCCUUCAUAAGGAAGCACUGAGUUCAGAACAAUUCACAGUGACUGGCUUACAGAGGCCAGUCCUGGCCUCAUUGGGUGGAAAUGUUGACCUGAGUUGUCAGUUGUCUCCACCACAACAAGCACAACAUAUGGAGAUUCGUUGGUUUCGGAAUCGCUAUACAGAGCCUGUGCACCUGUACAGGAAUGGUAAAGACCUGCAUGGGGAAACUAUCUCCAAGUAUGUGGAGCGGACUGAACUUCUGAAAGAUGCCAUUGGAGAGGGGAAAGUGACCCUCAGGAUCUUUAAACUGACAGCUGAUGAUGAUGGGUCAUACCACUGUGUUUUCAAAGUUGGGGAGUUUUAUGAAGAGCAUAUCACAGAGGUCAAGGUCACAGCCACAAGUUCAGAUAUCCAGAUUCUCAUGCAUCCCCCUAAUAUCAAAGGUGUAAUGUUGGAGUGUCAUUCAGGAGGUUGGUUCCCACAGCCUCAUAUGGAAUGGAGAGACAGCAAGGGAAAGGUCAUUCCAGCUGCAUCGAAAUCCCAUUCACAGGAUGAAAACAAAUUGUUCAACAUGACAAUGACCCUUCUUAUUGAAGCCAGCUCUUACAGGAAUGUCACUUGCUAUCUUCAAAACCGUCUAACUCACCAAGAAGAAAACAUAAGCAUUGUUCUAUCAGGUAAAUCUUGUGUUAGUUCUUCUGUAACAAUCAUUGUCACAUAUACUUAUUAUUAG